AUGUUUCUCUUGUUAUUUCUUUCAUCCUUUUUUCACUCUUUCUUUCUUUCUAUUCUUUCUUUCUUUCUUUCUUUCUAUUCUUUGUUUCUUCCUUUCCCCCACUUCUUUCUUUCUUUCUUCAAUUUUUUUUUCUCGGUUUUCUUUCUCUUCUCUUCUGCUUUUUUAUUUCUUCCUUUUCUUUCUUUUUUCUUCUUUUCUUUUUCUUUCUUUUUUUUCUUUUUUUUCCUCUUUUUCUUCUUUCUUUUCAUUUUUCCGUUCUUUUCUUUUCUUUCUUUCUUUAAUAUUUAUCAUUUCAUUAUUUCUUCACUGUUUCUUUUUUUCUCCGCCUUUCUUUUUUUCGUUCUUUCUUUCUUUUUUCUUUCGGCUUUGUUCCUUUUUCUUUCUUUUUUCUUUCUUUCUGUUUUUCAGUGCUUUUCUGGCUUUCAUUUCUUCUUUCUUUUGUCUUUUGUUCAUUUUUCUUCACUGUUUCUUUUUAUUUCUCUUUCUUUCUUUCUUUUUUCUUUCUGUCUUUCUUCAAUUGCUUUUCUUUUCUUUUUUCAUUGUUUCUCUUUAUCUUCGUCUUUCUUUGUUUUCUUUCUUUCUUUUAUUCUUUCUUUCUUUCUUUCUUCAAUGUUAAUCUUUUCUUUCUUUCUUUUUCUUUCUUCCUUUUUCUUUCUUUUUUUUCAGUGUUUUUCUCGCUCUUCGUUCUUUCUUUUGUCUUCUGCUUUUCAUUAUUUCAAUCACUUCUUUCUUUUUUUCUUUCAUUUCUCUCUUUUUUUUUUUCUUUCUUUCUUUCUUUCUUUUCUUUUUUUCUUUCUUUUUUUUUUCUUUCUUUCUUCUUUCCUUUUCUAUUCAAUUUCCUUUUUUUUUUCUUUUUUUUUUUUUUCUUCCUUUUUUCUUUCAAUUUCUUCUUUAGUCUUCUGCUUUUCAUUAUUUCUUUAG